AUGCACUCGUUACAAGCGGCAAACGCCCACUCGCCGAAGGCCUUACCAACUCGUGAAGCUACCCCUCCGUCUUCUUUCACUCCAGAAUCGGACGCAGAUACAACGGACGACGAUGGUGCGGAGCUUUCUGCCUACGAGAACGCCAACGAUGACGACCGUCCUCGCGGCUCAUCUCGGCCCUCGUACGCUUACGAAACAAGGCCUCACGCUCCGGAUACCUUGCCAGAGCAAUCAACCUGGUAUCAAUUCGACACUGCGGUACUCGUCGCGCUCGCCUCGUGCCUUGGGAACUUCCUGACUGGUGGAGACCACCUCAAAAAUAUACUCCUUGCUGGCUUGCUAGUCUUCUACCUUCACCAAAUUAUUGAAGUUCCCUGGCGACUCUAUCUUUCAGCCCGCCCUCGAGUUACUCAUGCGCAGCACACACAAGAUAACUCAGGGCAUCGUCAAUCGACCCACGCCGCCACUGCCCUUCGCCGUCGCGAGCUCAUGCUUCUCGCCUUUGCCGUUCUGUCCCCCUUCCUCGGCGUCACCCUCCUCACGCGCGUCACCGCCGCAGCGACCGGCGACCCACACGCCCUCUCCUGGUUCUCGCGCACGCUCUUCGUCCUCGCCGCCGGCAUCCGCCCCUGGCGCCACCUCAGCGAGCGGAUCUCCUCCGACAUCGACUCCCUUCACACCGCCGUGCACUACCCUCCCAAGGACCGCGGCGCGGACGUCGAGAAGGAGCUCGCAGAGCUGCGGCACGCGGUCUCGCGCAUUGAGCAUGCGCUGGUGCGGCUGAACGACCGGUCGCAAGAGGUCUCUGAGUACGUGGACGAUGCGCUGGAUAUCGUGGAGCGGCGCGUAAGGAGGCAGGAGCGCCGGCUAGAGAAGAGGGAGAAGGCGGCGGCUGCGGCUAGGGCGGAAACGGUGUUCGUGGAGGCGCCGAAGCGCGCCUCGCCGUCGUUGGCGUCGUACUUGCUGCCGUGGUGGAUGAUGCAGUAUGGAAGCGGCGAUGCUCAGGGCAGCGCGAGCGGUGGAGUGGGUAGCGCGAGCGGCGGAGUGGGUAACGCUAGCCAGACCUCGGCUUUGGCGAGAGGGAAGAAACCCGCCAACCGCGCAGUGACGCUGGAGACCAUUCCGGAGGAGGGCGUGCUCGCGCCCUCCCCGGCGCGUCGGCCUGUGCCUCCAACAACGGGGAGCACCCUGUCGCAACUCUUGACGCUUCCCCUUCGCGUCGGGCUGAGGCUGCUGGGUCUUGGGUGA